AUGCCUGAGGCAUAUACAUCCCACCCUGACUAUGGCUUUGAGCGCGACUUCAAAGGAUAUGGAGAAAAGGGCUUGGUUGGGUUAAAGUGGCCCAAUAACGCCAAGAUUGCUGUCUCUUUCGUCAUCAACUACGAAGAGGGUGGUGAGCGUUGUGUUCAAAGUGGCGAUGGGGUCUCAGAGACAAACCUUCGUGAACAUCCUGGAGUAGCACGCAUCAACGAGCGCGAUUAUAACGGUGAAUCCGAAUACGAGUAUGGGUCUCGUGUCGGUUUCUGGAGACUCUUUAAGCUGUUCAACCAGAACAAGAUGAAGUUCACCCUCUACGCCGUUGCACAGGCUGUCGAGCAACAGCCUGAAGUGGCUACCCGCUGUGUUGAAGAGGGCCACGACGUGGCAUCUCACGCAUACCGCUGGGUAGACCACCACGAUUGGUCUAUUGAGAAGGAGAAGGAAUACAUAAAGAAGGGAAUCACCACCUUGAAGAACAUCACAGGAUAUGCACCCAAGGGCUGGUACUACGGCCGUCCUUCACCACACAGUCGCAGCCUCAUUCCCCAGGUCUACCAGGAGAUGGGCGAAGAGCUAGUAUGGGCCAGCGACACCUACGCCGACGACGUGCCAUACUGGAUUGACCUCCCCAGCGAGCGUGAAAAGCCUGAUGCAAAGGGCUGUCUGAUGGUGCCCUACAGCUACGACUGCAACGACUUUAAGUUCCAUGUCGUGACGGGAUUCCGCGACCCGAGUAGUUUCUACACCCAUCUUAAGAACGCGUUCGACGUGCUGUACGAGGAGGGAGAGGCCGGUGAGCCCAAGAUGAUGACCAUCGGACUGCAUUGUCGUAUCAUUGGCCGGCCUGGACGAUUCAAGGCUUUAAAGGAUUUUGUUGAGUAUAUUGCUCAGAAAGAGGGUGUAUGGGUGGCGACGAGGACAGAGAUCGCGGAGUCUUUCAAGGAGCAGUUUCCUUAUAAGAAAGGUGAACUGGCGUGA